AGUGUCGCUCUUAGUACUUAAGAGUUUUAGUAAACAUGGAAUGUGUUUUUCAUAUCAACAAUUCGGAUAUUAAAUCAUAAGACUACACUAAACAGUUACCUGCAAUAAAGAAAUUGAUUUAGUAACAUAAAGUAAACUAUUGACAAGUCGUGUGUUUAUUUUCUGAAGUAAUCUUCAGUAGUUUGAUAAAAAUGCCUAGGAAGAAGAAGAAGACUAAUAUAGAAAAAUACAAUGAGAAACGCCGUGCAGGACUGAUCAAACCUCGUCCUCCAGCUUCACCUCUUGCAAUUUUUCAAGUGGACAAUCUCUUCGAGGAAAACUCAACUCCAGAAGUUAACAAUCAAAUAACAGAUCCUUUGCUUCCAAAAGAUGACUUCAAAAUAGAAGAUUCGGAUGAAGAUCUAAACAUGGAAGAGUCUUGGGAAGAGCUUUUCUUACAUUCGUCCAAGUCUAGAGAAAAAGGUGAAAGCAAAGACAGUAUUCACAAAGAAAAUCGCAAUUAUCUCUGUACUGUCUGUGGAAAAAUAUUCUCAAAAAGUACGUUUCUAAAGAGACAUGAGAGCAUUCAUUUGGAGAAUAGACUUUGUGUCCCUUGCGGCAUUUGCAAAAAACUCUUUACUUCCAAGGAUAACAUGAGGAAACAUAUGAGGAUCGUGCAUUAUGAUGCAACACAAAGGGAAAUGAAUCACUAUCACCGCUGCAACAUUUGCAAUGUUGGAACAAGGGGAAGAAAUGCUCACUAUGAACAUCUGAAAGGUCAUCCUGAAGUGACAAUUUUCAAAUGUCGCUUCUGCCCCAAAGAACUCAAUUCACUGGAAGCCUAUGCCCAACAUGAAAAUAUUCAUUUUGUUGAAAGACCAUACAUCUGUGAGAUUUGUUCGAAAUCUUUCAAACAGAAUACUCAUUUGAUCCGACAUAUAAACAUGCACACUCUAGCCAAGAAAUAUCCUUGCAAUUUCUGUGACAGAAUAUUCACACAAGCUGGUAAUCGAAAGAUCCACAUGAAAGUUCAUACUGGAAGACCUCCAUAUGAAUGCUCCAGCUGCCUGAAAUACUUCACUAAAAGAAAGGAAUGGGAAAAUCACUGUAUGAAGUGCCCAAAAAAAAUCAAUAAAAUAGAUAAGAGUUUUACAAAUUAAUAAUAAUGAUUUAGAAUUAAUUAGCUAAAUUACCGGUUCGCAAUCAGUUGAAAUGGAAUUGAUUUAGACUUGUUCGAUCAUCUUCCUUCGCUAUCGGUUGAAAAUCCUUCUGUUAUUUCAAUAGAAUCAUUUUUUUUAAAUUUUUUUGGAAAUACUUAGAUAUCUCUUGAAAUUAAAUCCAAAGUUAUUAAGCAG